GCAAAUAUUUUACCGGAAAUCAAUGCAACAAAAAAACCAUUCAAUUUAACGGAAAUUGAAUGGCAACGAAUGGCGAAAAACAUUUACGGUCGUUUGGAGUAUGAACGUGAUUUAUCAAAGGACGUUGAAUAUGAGGAGUACUUGAAAAAUGGUUCUCGUGAGAUGACUCAAAAAUGGGACAACACCGUCGAAAAGAUUCGUCAACGCAAAGUGGAAGCGCUAAAGAAAAAGGAGGAACAAAAAAAGGCUGAAGUGCGAAGAUGUCUCGAAGCAGUAAAACGACAUGACGAAGAAACACGUCGCGAGCGUAUUGAAUAUGCUGAAAAAUUGCUGCAACGUUUGAAAGCCGGACCAAAACAAUUGGAAUCCGCGUACAAGCUCAGCCUCAUUUUGAACGAACAAGAGCAACAACGGCGUCAACAAUUAAUUGAACAGGCCGUCGAAUGGAUUGAAAAUCAAAAAGAACACAUACGAAAUUAUCGAAAACGUUGUGCCCAAUACAAAGAAAGUUUACAGAAUGACAUCAAAGAACGCGAGAAAAUGAAACAUAAUGCAAAUCAACGACUGGCCCAACUGGAAGAAAAGGAAUUGCAAACAAAUACAAAGCAAACACAAGAGGUGCUGGAGAAAGAGCACAAAAAUGUCACCGAUCGACGUCUUGACCGACAAAAUGCCGACUAUUUAUCGCAGUAUAAUUUAAAACAGAGGCGUCACAAGGAUUUUGUGAAAGUACAAAACGAACAACAACGAAUUAAUUGUUAUCUGGAACAGAAAAGUUUGGAUGAGUUCAAUCAAAAGUACCAGGAAAAAUUGAAAAAGAAACGACAAUUUGAAUAUCGAGACAACUUGGCUAAGAAAUUAUUCGAUAGUUUGCCAGAUAUCACAAAGGUUGAGGAGAAAUGCUAUCAAAAUGCCGUUAAGGAUUUUGCUGAUAAAUGGAAAGAGCAAGAAUAUAAGCGAAAUAAUCAUAUCGAACAACUGAAAUGUGAACGUAUUACAAAUCAUUUGAAAGAGAUUGACGCAAUUAAACAAAUCGAACGGAAAAUUCGGCAAGAGCACGAUGUGGAAAAGGCGAAACGGCAUCUGAACGAGAAAAUCGAUUUAGUUUUUUAUCGCCAACAAUAUGGUGAUCGAGUACAAAGGGCCAAACAACUCAGGAAAAUCAUUAAACAACAAAUCGAAAUGAGUGAAAAGUCACGACGUGAUGAACUGAUAACCAGCCGAAUGGAAACAAAUCAAGCCAUCGAAGCAGCAACACAGAAAGAUGACAAACACUUUUUUGAUUAUGCGAAUAAAUUGGUGGCUGCCGCUAAAAACAAAGGCAUUCCAAUACAUCCAUUGAAAAAAGUUAUCGAUGAAUAUACAGUUCAAAAUUCGCUACUUCAACACAGCGACGAUUUACCACAUAUGAAAUCACAAAUUGAUAUCGGCAUUUCACUUGAACGAAAAUAUUUGACGAAAUGA